AUGCCCGACGACAUGAGUUUUCGGAGUCGCAGCUCUUCAAUCAACGGUAGUCGGCGGGCCUCGCUCUUGGCUCGCAAGGAACCCGACGUGCGCGUUGGCGAUCGCGUCACUUCUCUGGACGGGACCCGCGUGGGCACGGCGCGCUACGUUGGAAACGUUGGCUUCAAAGUUGGACGCUGGGUUGGCAUUGAGCUGGACGAGGGUCUCGAGGGCAAAAACAACGGCACCGUUCAGGACAAGACGUACUUUGUGUGCGACGAAAAUCGCGGCGUCUUUUUGCCGCUAGCCAACGUUGAACUGGUCGACGGCCCCCGUGCCCACUCUGGAGCUUCAUCCUCCAGCCGGCCGAGUCACUCGCACCUCAGCUCGCCACCCCGCUCCCAGCUCAACCACAGCAUGGUCGCCUCCACCCCCACCACCCCCAAAGGGAGCUCAACGCCAGCCACAUCAGGCCGCCUCCACUCCCGUGCAACGGUCACACACCUUUCCGAGGCAGCCGUCGGAGACAUUGUGAGCGCUCUGCGUAAUGACCUGGACCAUCUCCGCCAAGCCAUUGCUGAAGUCCAAACAAGUAGCUCUGCUGCUGCGACCAGUGCCGCCGCGGCCGCUGCUGGCGUGGUGGCCCGUCCCGCCCCUGCCUCUGGUGCCGAAGCCGAUGGCGAUGACGGUGCAGAUGCUCAAGCGCCAACUGCUAGCCAGUCAGGCCUGAGCGCCGAGGCUGAAGCUGGCGUACAACGCGUGGCCGAAGCCCUUGUCGAGUUGCAACAGCGGCUGGCCGAGAAGGACGCCAUCAUUGCGGAACGUGACGCCACCAUCACCGAACUGCAGCGCGAGGCCGCGGAAGCUCGUGCCAAGCAGCAGUCGCAUGCCGAGGCCAAGGCGCAAGCCGAACAGCGUGCUGAUCUGGCCCGUGAAAAGAACCAAAUCGAGCUCGAUCGCUUGCACGGCGAGCAAGGUGUCCUCAACUCCAAGGUCGAAACCCUGGAACUGCAGUUAGCAGAGGCCCAGCAGGAAACGCAGGAACUGCGCGAUCAACUGUCAGCCGCGCGCGAACAGCAGGCCACCGCCACAGCGGCGCCCGCUGCCGUUGUACCACCAGAGGUUGGCGCCUGGGAGAAUGAAAAAGAAGCCAUGCUGAUGCAAAAGGAGCUUUUGGAAGAGCGAAUUCAGGAACUAGAGAAGGAAGCAGAUGGUCUGCGCGGCCAAGUCAAAAGCCUUGAACAGGAUGCUGAGGUCCAACGCGAUGCCGCGCCCCGCAGGCCCUCCAGCCUCUUGGCGCAGGACCGUGAGGAUUUGCAAAAUCUUUUGACUGCUCAUUUCGAGCAGAUCCAAGCACUGAAAAAUUUGCAGCACGGUACGGGGCCGGGCACAGACGUCCAGGCUGCGCUGUGCAGCCAGCUUGACACGGUUCUAGCCUCACAGCUACAGCACUUGACCAAGCGCUUGACGCAGUGCGAGGAUGCCGUGGAUGUCUUCCUGAGCCAAACCUCGCCCCUGGCUUCUGCGGCUGUUUCCAACGGUGUCCUGAUAAACGGCGCAGAAGAUACGACACCCCCUACUGAUUUGGAUGGGGACGAGUUUUUUUGA